CAUUUCCGGAAAAUUUCCUCACAUUGGUAGCUACUUGCCAGCAGUUAAGUUAUAAUUCUAUUCAAUACUUUUUGAUAAACAUAUUUCAUCAAUCUUAAAUUAAUAAUUGCUAGUUUGCAGGAAUGUUGAGUAACGAGGCUUUUCAGAGACAAUUAUCUACCAUUGUCGAGGUAUUAGUUGCAGCGUCAGUCGCGGAGAUGGGCAGACUCCUCAAUGAGUGCUCUGCUACUGUUAUGCCUCUAAAGUUGGUCCAGCAGAAUGAGGAAAGUAUUUUGCUGAAGAGUAGGCUUCAACGUGCUAACAAAAUCAAUACAAGACAAUUUUCAUCAUUCAUGGAGAUGUUGGGUAAAACAUUGUUGGAAAAAAUGGCAAUGUUAAUGAAUGUGAUCAUGGUCGAAAAGGAGAAGACUGCCACAGGCAUGAGCGCCCAGAGGCGUGUCAGUCGGGCAAGGGGGACAGAGGAAGGAGCACCAAGAGGAGACAGUCUUCAUUUCCACAACUACUGCACUGACCCCGUCUCUGAGAGUGCUCAUCAAGAGGAGGAUGACUUUAACCCCCAGACCUCACCUGCCUCAGACACACAAGACGACCAGAGAAACACGGAGCCAAACUCAGGCAGGAAUGGAGAAGAUGCCCAGUGUGGAGGGGAACCUACUGGAGGAGACAGUCUUCAUUUCCACAAUGACUGCACUGACCCCGUCUCUGAGAGUGCUCAUCAAGAGGAGGAUGACUUUAACCUCCAGACCUCACCUGCCUUAGAGACACAAGACAACCAGAGAAACACGGAGCCAAACUCAGGCAGGAAUGGAGAAGAUGCCCAGUGUGGAGGGGAACCUACUGGAGGUCAGAAGUAUCCUCCUCGAGGUGCACCUGGCCAGGUGGAGGAGAGGGGGGAGCGACGAGUUGCCUUCCGGGAUCGGAGGCAGAACGACAGUGAGGCUCCGCUAGGAUACUCAAUUGAAAGGCCUGUGGAUCAGGGUGAGCGUGCCGCAAGGGGCCGAGGUGGUGGCCGUGGAAGAGGAAUGCGCGGCAACAGCAACUUCAGAUCCACAGAUGGCUUUGACCAGAGAGGCAAAAGGGAGUUUGAGCGCCACAGUGGCAGCGAUAGAACUGGUGUCAGGCCAGAGGAGAAGCGAGGGGGCAGUGGUCCACGUAACUGGGGAUCCAUGAGGGACCACAUGAGUGCUGCCGCUGAUGGGGCUCCCACUGAGGGAGGGGAUGGAGAUGAGGUGGCGGAUUCCGCAGAGACUGGAGCAAAUCGUGCCCCGGAGACUGAAGGCGAGGGGGAAGCAGUGGUGGAGGUUUCCGUGGAGAUGUCUCUGGAUGAGUGGAAAGCCCUACAGGAACAGAACCGGCCCAAGAGGGAGUUCAACCUGCGCAAGGCUGAUACCAUUGUGCCUUCUGACUCUGUGGUCAUCCACAAGUCCAAGAAACAGGUUGAGGAGGGGGUUGAGGAGGAUGACGCUGCAGCCCUCCGUCGCCCUGCCAAUGACAUCACAGCCAAGUUGAAGAUUGACUUUGGCAGUCUGGGACGACCCUCACGGGGUACCAGAGGAGGAGGAAGAGGUGGACGAGGUGGCCCAGCCACACGGCCAGAGACCAUUUCUCCCCAGAAGCCUCCUGAGAAGGCCCGAUUCCAGCAGGGACAGGCCCCAAACCCUGACGACCCAGAAGACUUUCCUGCCCUUGCCUAAAGGAAGCGGACCAGCACUGGACCAGAGCCCAGUCUACAGGUGGCCCUUCACCUGUACUGUGCCUUAGUGGAUUUGGCUGCACUUCCCAAGAGGAGCAGGAAAUAAACUGGUCAUGCUCGUAUCUAUCCCAAAGGACUGUAUAUAUCAGAGUUCCUAUCUGCUCUCUGUAUAGUUCAGAUGAAUAGCCUUUCAUUGUAAUGGGAAAUAUGAAUACUUGACCUGUUUAUUAAAAAAAUAAAUACUGUUGACAUUGA